CGGAAUUCCUAAGCUAUUAUAAUCUUGGGGAUAAUUGGAGGGACAACAUGCAACUUCAAAAUCUUGUCUGGAGAAAAUGAAUCUCCAGUUAGGUGCAUAGGGCGCCAUAACCUUGUUAGACGUCGAAAGAGAAGUAAGUUUAGGUGUAAGUUCUUAUUUCGAGAUUGUUCGGCAAACAUGAUGUUGGGGGACAUGAGUCAGCUAAGCCAGGAGACAAGAUGGCGCUUAAACAAUCAAGCGUGCAACUCUAAGUUCGUAGUAAAGCUUGCAAGGCAAAGACUUCUAGUUAGGCAUCCAGUACGCUACUGGAUACCUAACUGGGGGGACAAUUGU